GGGGGGGGGGAACCAACUGCUUCACACUUUCAACACUGCACUGAAGAAGGGAGAGAGAGAGAGAGACUGGAGACGCACAGAUCCCCCCAAGAUCUCCCAAAGCUAUCGUCCCACAGAUUAUAGAACAGAACCCCAAAAAUCGAAACAGAGGAAACGGACAGCGGUUGAACAUGGACGAAGGAAUUCCUCAUUUGCAAGAGAGACAGUUACUGGAACAUAGAGAUUUUAUAGGACUGGACUAUUCCUCUUUGUAUAUGUGUAAGCCCAAAAGGAGCAUGAAGCGAGACGAUAACAAGGAUACCUACAAAUUACCGCACAGAUUAAUAGAAAAGAAAAGAAGAGAUCGAAUUAAUGAAUGCAUUGCUCAGCUGAAAGAUUUACUGCCUGAACAUCUGAAGUUAACAACUCUGGGGCAUCUGGAGAAAGCGGUAGUCUUGGAAUUAACUUUGAAACAUUUAAAAGCUUUAACAGCCUUAACCGAGCAGCAGCAUCAGAAAAUAAUUGCUUUACAGAAUGGGGAGCGAUCUCUGAAAUCGCCCAUUCAGUCCGACUUGGAUGCGUUCCACUCGGGAUUUCAAACAUGCGCCAAAGAAGUCUUGCAAUACCUCUCCCGGUUUGAGAGCUGGACGCCCAGAGAGCAGCGGUGUGUCCAGCUGAUCAACCACUUGCACGCCGUGGCCACCCAGUUCUUGCCCACCCCCCAGCUGUUGACUCAACAGGUCCCUCUGAGCAAAGGCACCGGCGCGCCCUCGGCCGCCGCCCCAGGGUCCGCGGCCGCUCCCUGCCUGGAGCGCGCCGGGCAGAAGCUUGAGCCCCUCGCCCACUGCGUGCCGGUCAUCCAGCGGACUCAGCCCAACGCCGAGCUCGCCGCCGAGAACGACACGGACACCGACAGCGGCUACGGCGGCGAGGCCGAGGCGAGGCCGGACCGCGAGAAGGGCAAAGGCUCCGGGGCGGGCCGCGUCACCAUCAAGCAGGAGCCCCCCGGGGAGGACUCGCCGGCGCCCAAGAGGGGGGGCGGCGCGGCGGCGGCGGCGGCCGCGCUCCUGGGGCCGGACCCGGCCGCCGCGGCAGCGCUGCUCAGACCCGACGCGGCCCUGCUCAGCUCGCUGGUGGCGUUCGGCGGAGGCGGGGGCGCGCCCUUCGCGCAGCCCGCCGCCGCCGCGGCCGCCGCGGCCCCUUUCUGCCUGCCCUUCUACUUCCUCUCGCCUUCGGCGGCCGCCGCCUACGUGCAGCCCUUCCUGGACAAGAGCGGCCUGGAGAAGUACCUGUACCCGGCGGCGGCCGCCGCCGCCCCGUUCCCACUGCUGUACCCCGGCAUCCCCGCGCCGGCGGCUGCCGCUGCAGCCGCCGCCGCCGCCGCCGCCGCCGCUGCCUUCCCCUGCCUGUCCUCGGUGUUGUCGCCCCCUCCCGAGAAGGCCAGCGCCGCCGCCGCGACCCUCUUGCCGCACGAGGUGGCGCCCCCUGGGGCGCUGCACCCCCCGCACCCGCACGGCCGCACCCACCUGUCCUUCGCCGGCGCCCGCGAGCCCGGGAACCCGGAGAGCACUGCUCAGGAAGAUCCCUCGCAGCCAGGAAAGGAAACCCACUGAAUCUUCGCCCCCUUUCUUAGACAGGACGAGGGUUCACGCGGAAUAAUAAUAUUAAUAAGUUAAAACACCCUUAACGUUUUUAAGGGAGGA